AUGGACACCUCGCUUCCCUUCUCCCGGUUGCUGUCGGAGGAGCGGCCCGUGGCUGAGCUGUGGGGCUGCCAGCUGGGCACGGGCGCCCGGAGCUGCGUGGUGAAGGAGGGCGAUGACUUCUUGGAGCACCUGGUGCUGCUGAGAACGAUCUGCCUGGGGGCUGACGCCAGGGACGAGCUGCACGUGGUGGCCGUGGACUCCAAAAACGCCUCCGGGGAGCACAGGCCGGUGCCCAUCGCGGCGCUGCGGAGAUCGGUGCUGCCCAUGAUCAGCCUCAAAGCUCUGGAGCUGGUCCCUCCCGUCACCUUCGUGCUGCAGUGCGGGGCUGGGCCGGUCUAUCUCAGCGGGCAGCGCGUCACCCUGGAAGAUGAUGCCAGCUCUGAAGCCGAGGAGGAAGAGCUCUUGGAGGAAGAUGCGGGAGAUGAGGAUGAUGAUGGGGAAUCAUAG